CCGUUCUCCUUUUUUUUCCGAAACGGAAGAAACUCACACGCACACCCCGUUCUCGUUUCACCCACCUAAAACCCUCCUAAAACCCUGCUCCUUCUUCUCCGGCCAAACCGACAAUCCUUCUCCCAAAUGGAUUCUCAGGACGUCAAAUCCGACCUAGUCCUAAUCCUAGACUAUGGCUCCCAAUAUACGCACCUCAUCACCCGAAGAAUCCGCCAGCUCUCAGUCUACUCCCUCUGCUUAAACGGUACAGCCUCACUCGAAUCCAUCCGUAAAGAAAACCCGAAAGUGAUUAUCCUCUCUGGUGGUCCCCACAGCGUCCACGCGCCCCAAGCACCGUGUUUUCCAUCUGGGUUCAUCGAGUAUGUUGAGUCGGAGAAGAUUCCUGUUUUGGGUAUUUGUUAUGGGCUGCAGCUGCUCGUGCAGAGGCUUGGCGGGCAAGUGAGUAUUGGAGAGAAGCAGGAGUAUGGAAGGAUGGAGAUUGAGGUGCAGAAGGCUUGUGGGUUGUUUGGGAAUAGAAAGGUUGGGGAUAAACAGGUUGUUUGGAUGAGUCAUGGAGAUGAGGCUGUGAAUUUGCCUCAGGGGUUUGAGGUUGCGGCCAGGAGUCAACAGGGGGCGGUCGCUGCGGUGGAGGACAACAAGAGGAGGUUUUAUGGGUUUCAAUACCAUCCUGAGGUCACUCAUACGCAUGAAGGGAUGGAAACAUUACAACACUUCCUUUUUGAUGUUUGUGGUGUUAGUGCUGAGUGGAAGAUGGAAGAUGUCCUUGAGCAAGAAAUAAAAGCCAUUCAGGAAAAGGUCAGACUUGAAGAUCAUGUCAUUUGUGCAUUAUCUGGGGGUGUCGAUUCUACUGUUGCUGCUACUCUUGUUCAUAAAGCAAUUGGAGACAGGCUCCACUGUGUCUUUGUUGAUAAUGGUUUAUUGAGGUAUAAGGAGAGAGAACGGGUGAUGGAAACUUUUGAAAGGGACCUUCAUUUACCUGUUACUUGUGUUGAUGCCACAGAGCAGUUCCUUAGCCAGCUUAAAGGGGUGGUUGAUCCUGAAAUGAAGAGAAAAAUAAUUGGAAAGGAGUUUAUCAACAUUUUUGAUGCAUUUGCUCAUGAUCUGGAGCAGAAAUUCGGAAAGAGACCUGCUUACUUGGUCCAAGGAACAUUGUAUCCUGAUGUGAUUGAAUCUUGUCCGCCACCUGGAACUCAAAGCACCCAUUCCCACACAAUCAAGAGUCAUCAUAAUGUUGGAGGGCUGCCAAAGAACAUGAAGCUAAAGCUCAUUGAACCACUUAAACUUUUAUUCAAGGAUGAGGUUCGUGCAUUGGGAAGUAUUUUAAAUGUCCCAGAGGCCUUUUUAAAGCGACACCCCUUCCCUGGGCCUGGUCUUGCAGUGAGGGUUCUGGGUGACGUCACUCAAGGAAAUGCGCUGGAUAUUCUUCGCCAGGUUGAUGAGAUUUUCAUUCAGUCAAUCAAAGAUGCUGGGAUCUAUGAUAAAAUAUGGCAAGCUUUUGCUGUUUUCUUGCCCAUAAGGUCAGUUGGAGUUCAAGGAGAUCAAAGAACACAUUCUCAUGUUGUUGCAUUGAGAGCUGUCACAAGUCAAGAUGGGAUGACUGCUGACUGGUACAAUUUUGAACACAAUUUCCUCGAUGAUGUUGCAAGAAAGAUAUGCAAUAGUGUACGUGGGAUAAAUCGAGUUGUUCAAGAUAUUACUUCGAAGCCUCCAUCAACAAUUGAAUGGGAAUAAUAUCAUGUGAUAUGCAGCGUGGUUGAUAAAGUUUGGAAAAAUCUUGUGGCUUUACAUUACUAAGAAAAGGAGAAGUUCUUAAAUCCCUCAAGCGUUGGAUCUUCUGAGGUUCUGGGAAUGGUCUCAAGUUCUGUAAAAUAGCCUCUGCCUUCUCUACCAUGUGCCUGAAAGACAAAAUAUAGCUAUUAAAAGUAACUAAUUCUUGUAGUCAAAGAUGCUGAUAAGUGAUUCAUGAAAUUUUUUUUAUGAAGAAAUAUUUACUAUUUUUCACGUUGUUUGCUAUCGAAUCUGCUGCAAUCAUAUCGAUAUACAGUGUAGGGAAAAGAACGUAUCUGUCCUAUUUCUCCUCCUUGGUAGUAAGAGUUUCUGGUAAAAACAGAUAUAUUCCGGAGACAA